AGACGAUAGUGAGUAGAGAGGGUGAGAGAAACAGGGACUAAGAAGAAGUAGCUGCUGCGUUUCAGGCCGGGGCGGAAAGCACGUUUCCACUGUGCUGCAAAUACAUUUACCAAUUUUUUUUGUCUUUGGGAAUGUAGGAGUGUUACGGUGCUGGGAUAAAUGCUGGUAAGCAGAGUGUGCUGAUAGACUGUGGGCAUGAACAUGUGGCUAAGUAUGAACAGUGGAGAGAGGAAGGAGAGAAAGGGUGAGAAGGCAAAAGUCUGAGUUGUUUCAAGAGCUGAGUGUCCAUCUCAAAUUCUUGUCUUUUUUUUUCUAUGUGUGCUGUUAUGAUUAUUUUUUAAACAGAUUGUAUGUAAUGGGCUAUGUAUUUUAGUAUUUCUCUGAAGGUAUGACCAUACGAGUGAGGAAAUAGAAAUAGAAAACAUGAGCUGCUCAGGUUUAAAAUGUUCAUUUUUUAGAGAAUUGCUUGGUUUGUCAAAUAUUGGAUGAUGUAAUACUAAAUGACCAUUAUAUGGAUCAAGGUUGGAUGCUGUUUAAAGAGGAUAAGACGCAUUUUGUUCAGAUUAAGUUGAGGACUCACAAAGGUCAUUGUAAUUAUGAGAAAAGUCGGUGUGAACACACAAAAACAUGAGCCACUGACAAUAGUUGCAUCCAUUUUUGAAUAUUCGCAUAUAUUCAAAAUUCUACUUUCACACCUCUUGACUGAGCUUUGUUAUUUACCGUCACAUCCUCCCCACAUACUCACAGACUGACCUUUGUGGUAGCUUUUGUUUCACUUCACUGUCAAACACACAACAGUGAAAUGAUGGAUGGAGCAAGUUUAGGAACUUCCAGGAGCCCAAAAUUGAGCUCCGAGCUCCCUACCAGCAGAGAUCGACGGUUGAUGGACAAGAGCCUCAAAAGACUGGAUAAGCUCCAUGAGCUGUGCACAAACCCCGUGUUGGGCCUAAGGAAGAGUCCUCCAUACCUGCCAGAUCUAAUACGUGAGACCUUAACCCUGCUCACUGAAGUUUGGGAGCCCUACCAAGGUUUUAGAUCAACAGGUGGCCAGGUGACCCGGGGAGAUGAGGCCACAUACCUGAGAGUCCACAUCAGAAACCUGCUGGAUAAGACGGACAGAGCUGUACUGCUGUUUAAAGACGGACGGGAGAGGAUAUUUGAUGAGACAUCAAGUUUCAGGAAAAACCUGACCAAAUUGUCCUUACUGUUCAGUCACAUGCUGUGGGAGCUGAAAGCCAUGUUUCCAGGGGGAUACUUUCAGGGUGACAACUAUAAGGUGACAAAAACUGAGGCAGAUGAGUUUUGGAGGCAUUCUUUUGGCAACACGUGUAUAGUGGAGUGGAAUACCUUUAAAGAGAAGUUAAGAAGUGUUCAUCCAUUUGAAGAAGGGAUGGAGUCCAUGGCUUUGAAAUCAACCAUUGAUAUCACCUGUAACGAUCAUAUCUCAGUGUUUGAGUUUGACAUCUUUACAAAUCUGUUCCAGCCUUGGAAGUCUCUUAUAAGGAACUGGAACCAUCUUGCUGUGACCCAUCCAGGUUACAUGGCCUUCCUCACCUACGACCAAGUUGUAGCUAGGCUGGAACACUACCUGCACAGACCUGGGAGCUACAUCUUUCGUCUGAGCUGCACAAGAAUGGGUCAAUGGGCGAUUGGCUAUGUGACGAAUAAAGGUGACAUCAUCCAGACCAUUCCUCAGAACACACCUCUCUAUCAGGCUCUCGUGCAGGGCUUCAAGGAGGGCUGCUACUUGUACCCAGACGGCCGCGAUGUGAACCCCGACCUGACAAGCUUGUGUGAACCCACACAGAAAGGAAAAGUCAAAGUUACAGAAGAGCAAUAUGAGCUGUACUGUGAGAUCGGCAGCACCUUCCAGCUGUGCAAGAUCUGCACGGAGAGAGAUAAAGACACUCAGAUUCAGCCUUGUGGGCAUCUCCUGUGUCAGCCCUGCCUCAAAGGCUGGCUGCAGAAGUCAGCUGGACACACCUGCCCAUACUGUCGCUGCGACAUCAGAGGAACAAAGUCCAUCCUCAUCGAGCCUUACUUGCAGGGCAGCAGGCAAUGGGAGGAGAAGGAGGAAGAUGAUGAUAAUGAGGAUGAAGAUCAUGAAGACAUUGAAGUGGUGAUAAAGGAAAUGGCUGCCUGGAAGAAGUUAUCAAGUUUGGAGUACCAAGUUCCCAGCUCACACAUCAGCGCUCCACCGCUGCCUCCUAAAAACGUUACAGUCCCAAACUGCCCGUCUUCCUCCAGCCAACCUCAGACAUUUGAAACCAAGACAAUGGCCAAACAAACAAACUCUUGUUGGGCACACAGUGGCAUUGAAACACACAGGCACAAACCACAUAUGAACAGAAGUGUGGAAGAGAACCCCGGUGGCUUGAGAUCACAUCCUCUCUCGCUAAGUGCUGAAUUCCUCGGAGAAACUAAUUUUUCUUCAUCUUCUCAAGCUGGUGAAAGUGCAGCAGCAUGGAUCGGACCUUCCAACCCAGUAAAAGAGAGGAGACAUAAGGACAGGGAGGACAGAAGGAAAAAAGAAAGAAAAGAAAACCUGGGAGAUAUAACAAGAACAAUGUCAUCCUGAGUAAAAAUUGUUAUCUAGAAUCUGGCAAAAUUAACAAGAACAAGUGGGGUUGACUUAAUUUAAGAAAUGAACCGUCAUUGAAUGUAUUGCUGGUGUACGGUCUCAUGCUUGACUGUAAAGAGCAGCUGAUGCAUAACUGAAAAUAAGACGUGUGAGUGGGACGGGAAGAAAAAUUCCCCACUGCGGCCUCCUGCUGUUCAGUAAUCACACUGCCAUUAUCAGCAAAGGGAAUUCAGCACUAAUUUCUAAAUUUAGUCUCUCACACCCUUUUCUUUGUAAUUAAAGCAUUUAAUAAGCCUCCAAGAUAUGAAAUAAACUAAGGGAAGGCUUGAAAAUUUAAUUAUGAGGACAUGAAAGAGGCUAAUCACAUUACCAGGAUAAAUAUGAAACUGUUUAAAAAUGUUACCUCGUCCUUUAACCCAUAUUCUUACAUGCAAGUACCGUAAAUGAGGGUCUCUGUAAUUAUUCU